AUGGCCUCGGUAUACAAAUCAGUAUCCAAAAAGAAGGCCACGUCCCAACAACCCACCGAAAAUGGCGACUCCAAACCCAAGAACCGCCAACGCCUCCUCAUCCUAAGCUCCCGCGGCGUAACAUAUCGACAUCGCCACCUCCUCGCCGACCUCCACGCCCUCCUCCCCCACUCUCGCAAAGACGCCAAACUCGACACCAAAACCGACCUCCCUCAACUCAACGAACUCGCGGACCUCUACAACUGCAACAACAUCGCCUUCUUCGAGGCCCGCAAAUCCCAAGAUCUGUACCUCUGGCUGUCCAAACCGCCCAAUGGCCCGACGGUGAAGAUGCACUGUCAGAAUAUCCACACGAUGGAGGAGCUGAAUUUCACGGGGAACUGUUUGAAGGGGAGCAGACCGGUGUUGUCUUUUGAUGCGGCGUUCGAGAAGCAGGCGCAUCUGCGGGUGUUGAAGGAGUUGCUGACGCAGGCGUUCGGGGUGCCGGAGCGGGCGAGGGGCGGGAAGCCGUUCGUGGACCAUGUGAUGGGGUUUACGGUCGCGGGGGGGAAGGUGUGGGUGCGGUGCUAUCAGAUCUCGGAGACGGAGGCCGGCAAGGGGAAGACGGGGGACGGGGACGUGGAGAUGCCGACGGUGAACGGGAAGGGCAGCGAGACGAAUCUGAGUCUGGUGGAGAUUGGGCCAAGAUUCGUGCUGACGCCGAUUGUGAUGUUGGAGGGCAGUUUUGGCGGGCCGGUGAUUUAUGAGAAUAAGGAGUUUGUGAACCCGAAUCAGGUGAGGAGUGAUUUGAGGAGGGCGAAGGCGGGGCGGUAUAAUAAGAGGGCCGAGGGGACGGUGGAGAGGAAGGUGAAGAAGAGGGAUCUGGGGUUGAGGACGGGUGAAGGGAGGAGGGAGGUCAACGAGCUCGACGAUCGGGUGUUGUUCGCUUGA